GACAGCAAGAAGGUACUCCGAGCUGCACAAUGAGGCCCAGGAGCCCCUUGGUCUUCAUGUCUUUGGUGUGCACACUCUUGAACACGUGCCAGGCACACAGGGUGCAUGACGACAAGCCUAAUAUUGUCCUGAUCAUGGUUGAUGACCUGGGUAUUGGAGAUCUGGGCUGCUAUGGCAAUGACACCAUCAGGACGCCUCGCAUUGACCGCCUUGCCAGGGAAGGCGUGCGACUGACUCAACACAUCUCGGCCGCCUCCCUCUGCAGCCCAAGCCGGUCCGCGUUCUUGACGGGAAGAUACCCCAUCCGAUCAGAGUGGGGCCCUUGGGUGGACACACUCUAUCUUCUGCAGCAUGGAGAAGAAGGAAGCAGGCACCGUAAGGAACCUUUCCUUCUUUUUUUCUCCUUUCUUCAUGUGCACAUACCUCUCCCCACCACGGACAACUUCAUUGGCACCAGCAAGCAUGGCUUGUAUGGGGAUAAUGUGGAAGAGAUGGACUCCAUGAUGGGCAAAAUUCUUGAUGCUAUCGAUCAUUUUGGCCUAAGGAACAACACCAUUGUCUACUUUACAUCAGACCAUGGAGGGCAUUUGGAAGCUAGGCGAGGACAUGCCCAACUUGGUGGAUGGAAUGGAAUAUAUAAAGGUGGAAAAGGCAUGGGGGGCUGGGAAGGUGGAAUCCGCGUCCCAGGAAUUGUUCGAUGGCCUGGAAAGGUACCAGCUGGACGGGUGAUUAAGGAGCCUACAAGUUUAAUGGAUAUUUUCCCAACUGUCGCAUCAGUGUCAGGAGGAAGUCUCCCUCAGGACAGGGUCAUUGACGGUCGAGACCUCAUGCCCUUGCUGCAGGGCAGCGCCAGGCACUCGGAGCAUGAGUUUCUGUUCCACUACUGUGGCUCCUACCUGCACGCCGUGCGGUGGAUCCCCAAGGAUGACAACCGGUCCUUUCAUUCCAGGGCUGUCACUGAACACAUGUUUUUGGAGAAGUUUCUCAGAAUUGCGCUUUUGCAGAAAGGCAGGUGGGGGUAA